UACGAUCUACUGAAAUACAGAAGUACUCUGUAUUGCUGUAACGAGACGCUGAGCAGAGUGCUUGUUCACUGAUUUGCCAAUCAGUCUGCGUACAGAUUUAAUGAUUCUCUUCAGUUCAUAUGCAUGUCAUUGCGCACUAAUGCUGCUGAAGAAAACGUCUUGAGAGCGCUUUUCACAGCGGUUUCACCCAUUCUUUAUGAAGAGUAAUCCCGGUUCAAGGUGUUUGUAACACAAAUUGUCCCAGACCGCUGUUAUUUAAAAACCAAGAUAAUAAUAAUAAUAAUAAUAAUAAUAAUAAUAAUAAUAAUAAUAAUAAUAAUAAUAAUAAUAAUGAAAACAACAAAAAUAUAUUGUCGGGGUAAUCGUAAAUUGUAAUGCAAGAAGAAAGGAAAAGUAAGAAACAUACUAUUUCAAUCAUUUUAAAACAGAUCCAAACUUUCUGAAAAGGAAUGAUGAUUUGAAAAGAAGUCUUGGAAGAAAAAAACAGCACUUCAUAAUAAAAAGCUUACAAAAAUAAAAUCGGAAACGCUGUUCAUUGACUCACUUCACAGUAGAACCAUUUAAAGAAAAUUGAAGAUGGAGAAUGUGACUUUUUUUCAAGAUAACCAGACUGUAGGAAACUGGACAGAGCCAAGUAUUGAAUACAAGGUAGUGAGUACUCUACUGGUCAUUAUCAUUUGUGGAUUAGGUAUUGUGGGUAAUAUUAUGGUGGUCUUGGUAGUCCUUAUGACCAAGCACAUGAUGACUCCUACCAACUGCUACAUUGUGAGCCUUGCAGUAGCUGAUCUGAUGGUUCUUACUGCAGCAGGUCUACCCAACAUCACAGAAAGUAUCUAUGGAUCCUGGGUUUAUGGUUAUGCUGGAUGCUUAUGCAUUACUUAUCUCCAAUAUUUGGGGAUCAAUGCGUCUUCUUGUUCAAUAACAGCCUUUACCAUCGAGAGGUACAUAGCAAUAUGUCAUCCCAUUAAAGCUCAGUUUCUCUGCACACUUUCAAGAGCUAAGAAGAUCAUCAUAUCUGUCUGGACUUUCACAUCCUGUUAUUGUGUCAUGUGGUUUUAUCUGUCGGACACCAAACAGAACAAUUAUGUAAAUAUGACAGUAGUUGUCUGUGCCUACAAAGUGUCUCGAAACCUCUAUUUGCCCAUUUAUUUCCUGGAUUUUUCAAUAUUUUAUGUGGUGCCCCUAAUGUUAGCCACUGUUCUAUAUGGGCUUAUUGCAAGAAUUCUGUUUUUCAACCCCAUUCUCUCAGACCCCAAAGAGAAUACACAAAAGUUAAGAAAUGCUACCUCUCAUAAAAACAAGAUUUUUAACUCCAAAGCAUCGAGCCGGUGCUCCAGCAGCACAGCUACAUCAAGGAGACAGGUCACCAAGAUGCUGGCAGUGGUGGUCAUUCUGUUCGCCCUCUUGUGGAUGCCCUACCGCACGUUGGUAGUGGUCAACUCUUUCCUUGCCCAAGCAUAUUCUGAUACUUGGUUAAUCCUAUUCUGCAGAAUCUGCAUAUACCUUAACAGUGCGAUCAACCCAGUUAUUUACAACGCCAUGUCUCAGAAAUUUAGAGCAGCCUUCAAGAAGCUCUGCAAAUGUAAGCAACAGCGGUCAGAAAACCCCACCAGCAUGGCUCUCAAUUACAGCGUGAUAAAAGACACAUCCAAUGGAGAAAGCCCUGAUCACUUUACCACGGAAUUACCAAGGAGCUCUCUUUUGAUGACACCUGCUGACCCAGCAAGGUGACUUUUAAGAAAGCUUAAUUCUGUGUUAGGGUUAAUAGAUAGGAGAGAUAACAAAAAUGCAACGUGUAUAUAUUUUCCUACGGAAGCUCAUUAACAUCACAAAGAAAAACAUAUUUAUUGUGUUAUUACUGGAUAAUAUUGUGUUAUUUUGCAAUAGUUAUUGCGUUAUUACAAGAUAGUUUUCAUCAGUGAUAAAGAUGUCAUAGUUUAGCAGAAGUGAAUUGCAGAUGGACAGUGAGAAGCUGUGAAUUAUCUUGAAUAAUGUUGCGGCAAUAUAUUUAAUUACAUACCACUUUGUAGUUUUCCAUAUGCUUAAUGAAAAACUGACAAAAAUUUAAAUCUAACAUGACAUACUGUACUACUAUUAUGGCUUCCGGUAGACUUUUGCGACAUCAUUUUGUAGUUUCUUUGAUUACAUGAUGUUAAAUAAGAGAUAUAAACUAUGUUCAUAUAGUUUUUCAAUCCUAAAAUUCUAUGUGAUGAAAAACUUUUGGCCAUAGCUGUAUAAUGACUUGAAAAUGUUUGUCAAGUCAUUAUACACUGAUGUUUUAGCAAUAGCUAACAAUACUUAUAAUUUCUCUCAUUUAUCAUGUUUGAUGAGAACACCAAAAGGACUACAUAUUUAUGGCUACCAAAUACCGGUGGCUGUACUAUUAAACAACCCCACCUUUGCACUGUUGUAACCUCGAUAUUUUACAUUUGCAAGCACUCUUCAAAAGCCCAUAGUUUCAUGUGUUUUAGAGUGGGCUGCUGGCCUUGUCUUUUAUGAUUAGUUAUCAGGUACGAGUAUUUUUAAGAUACAGUACAUUGGCUCCAUUGUUAUAACCUGCUUCAAUAUAGUGAUUAAACCGCUUCUUCCUUAAUACUUUAAUAAAGACUGUGUUUUAAAGCCUGUUUAAAUAACCUUAACCCUCUAAUCUGAGAGAAUGUUCACCACCACUUAUUUAAAAAGUCAGCUAAUUGUUUGUGAAUAGGGACCUAUCUAUCCUGUAUUUUUCUGGGGCUUGGUUCUAUAUUGCGAAAUCGUAAUUUCAACCGUUUAUCACCUGCAACCUCUAUCGGUUAUCACCUGUUUCUAUAUUCGAGUCGAAUCGUAAUUGGUGUUGGGUUGCAAUACGAUAGGUUGGCUAGCAAAACUGUACUAUCUGAAAAUAGAUGAAUCACGCAGCACAAGGGCAACAUGUAUUUUGAAUGGUCUUGGAAAUCACGUUUGCGUAAUCAUUAUUCAUGUAAGAGACAGAAACUACAGUUUUAAACAACCUAACACCCCAUUUCAUAUUUACCCUAUGUGUAAUUGUAUAUAUUCCCAUGUAAUUUACACAUUUGGAAUUGGACCAUAACCAUAGCGUUGUUUACAUAGACUAAAUAUUUAAUAAUAAGGCUAAUUUAAUAUUUACUUAAAUAAUUAUUAAAUCUCAGAAUAAAAAUCAAACAUAAUGAGCCUAUAUAUUAACCCUUUGCAGUCCAUAGAAUUCUGCACCUGUCAAGCUGUAGGUUGUGUUUGGAGCGGAUAGGAAAAGCAAGAAUGGCAGCUGCCCAAACAGCAACAAAAAGAAAACAGGCAGUGUGGCAGGGUGAAUGCCCUGCCGGUGCACAGGUGUGUGUGGGAAAUAUUGGGUGGCAGGGAGGGGGUUAAAUUCCUCCCUGUCAAAACACGUGGGAAUGUUGAAUAAAUGAUUAAUGAUUAAUUAGACUCCGGUGUAUAAAUAAGGUGAUCACGGGUGGUGGAAGGGGUUAGUGUGUUUGAGGUAGUGUUGGUGUUAGCGGUAUGUGAUGAGUAUUUUUCGUGUUCUGCUCUGUGCCAUUUGUCCUGUGUUAUUUAUUCCUUGAGUGUUUUGUAUAGUCCUUUUGUUUUGGCCCUUGCGACGGUUAUUUUGUUAACGUGUUUUGUUCUGUGUUCUGUCUAGUGUUUGUUUAUUCUUAUUAUUUAUUAAAUAUGUGCAUCAGCUCUUCACUCGCAGUACUAUGUCCAUUCUCUUCCUGGUUUGACGUCAACCACAAGCCAUCCUUGUCACAAUAUCCUCCCUCUUCAAGCGGUACUUCAGUCUAAUUUCUUGAUCAGAAAGCAUGUCAAAGAUGCUGCACACUCAUCUGUGAGCCGAUGCCCUCUGUCGCUGUAACUGUCUCUGCCUAUGUCUUAAAUACACAGCAUGCAUUAGAGCAGCCACGGCAAUAUGAUGAGUCGUGUGAGCAACGUUAUAUGGAAACGCUGCUCCUGUCGUAUAUUCUGCUCCAGACGUCAUACUAGCCUGAUAGAACAUCGUAUUGGUAUAUAGAAACGAACCCCUGAUUAUGAUAAAUCAACAACACACAACUCAUACAUAAUACUUAUGACAAGCUCUCCCAGGUAUUGCAUUCACAUAACUUGUAACAUACAUUGGUUGAAGCUGGGUAGUGACUUCUUUAUAAAUGUUAUUGGUUAUUAAAAGAUGAGCAUGAUUUUGACUUUCAUUCUUUAGAGUUACUGUACAGUGUCACAGUUGGAGUUCACAGUGUGCAACAUUUAAUGAAUGCACAGUACAUGUUGAAUCUCAUGCUGAACUUGUAUAAUUAUUUGUAGUAAAAUCCUAUUUGAAGUCAGAGAAAGUAGUCAAGGUCUGAUAUCAGUGGGGAUUUUUUUUCUGUUACCCAUUCUAACACGACUGUUGCCCAUAUAAAUAACUGAUCCAGAACUAAAUAUGAUUUUGAAAAAUACUGUUCAAAAGCAGAACUUUAAUUAAAUAUUCUGUUUUUUCAGCAUGAGCUUCUCCUUCAUCUCUAUUUAACUUUUUUUUGGCAUGCAAGUUGAUGCAAUGUAAGCGCUUUAUUUUUAGGGUAAAAUAUAUCACACAUACACUCAUUACAAAUACAUAAAUAGAGCAGCAUUGUUUGUCAGUCAACAGAAAUCCAUACAAAACAUAUAAAGAUUUUCUAAUUUCUGUGACUACAGUAAUAUCAGCAGGUAAAAGAAAACACAAAGCUCAUUAGCAAGGUAGACAUAACCUUUCCACAUUUGUCUUAAACAAAACGUUCCUAGUUUUGGUACUGUAGUUUUUUGUAGUAUUUUAUCACAUAUUAUUAUUUGCAAAGACAAAUAGUUAACCAAAUGCAAUGCCUUUGCUGGUAAAGUUGUGGUCAGCUAAUGGUUCUGCAAUGAUUUCUUUAGAGCAGGGGUCUCCAAUCCUGGCCCUGGAGGGACGGUGUCCCUCCUGGUUUUUGUUCCAGCUGUUACUUAAUUGGACCAAU